AAUACCUCCAGCGGAAGAAGAAAGCAUCAACAAGAGACGCGAAAGUUUACCCGCAGCGACACUUCUCUUUCGAUCUUUCCACGGACAGGAAUGGGGCCCGCAGCGGGGAGGUGCGCUUCACGAGGACUCCUCUUCAUCUUCCUCGCGGCCACCGUGUAUUUUCGAUGGGUUGAGGCCCAUCACUGUAUUUGGUACGGCGAGUGUGGGGACAGCCCGGUCCCUGGGAAAAAAUUCAACUGUAACUACACGGGCCCCCCCCUGCCGCUGGAGCCUGAGGCUUAUGAUCUUCUCACGGAGCUGUGUCCCGGAUAUGACUAUGGAAAUCGAAGUCUGUGCUGCAACGCCAACCAGCUGCGUACGCUGAAGGGAAGCCUCCAGCUUCCACUCCAGUUCCUGUCUAGGUGUCCCGCCUGUUUCUAUAACCUGAUGAACCUCUUCUGCGAGCUCACCUGCAGCCCUCACCAGAGCCAGUUUACGAAGGCCACAAAGUUUAACGACUCCAAUGUGAUGGAAGUGCAAUAUUACAUUGGAAAAACGUUCGCCAGCGCCAUGUACAAUGCCUGCAGCGACGUUCAGGCCCCUUCCAGUAACGUCAAGGCCUUAUCGCUGCUGUGUGGCAAAGUUGCUCAAGAGUGCAAUGCAACCAACUGGAUCCAGUACAUGUUCAGCACCAGCAACGGGCAGGCUCCGUUUCCUAUCAACCCUAUAUUCUCUGACGUGGAGGUGUCUGGCUUCACCCCCAUGAACAAUAAGACGUACGCCUGCACCGAGGGUCUGGAGGACGGUUCUGGCCCCUGCUCCUGUCAGGACUGCACCAACGCCUGUGGCCCCAAACCCAUCCCUCCUGUUGUCCCUCCUCCCUGGACGAUCUUUGGUGUCGAUGCCAUGAAUGUCAUCAUGUGGUUCUCGUAUUUGUCUUUCCUGCUCGUCUUCCUCGGAGCUGUACUUGGAGCUUGGUGUUACAGGAGAAGAACCGUCAUGUCAGAGUAUGGCCCCAUUUUGGACAGCAACAACCCGCUCUCUUUGAACAGCGAUGAUCUGGGUCAAGCGAGCCCAUCGUGUUGUGAAACUCUGGGAGAACGUUUUGAGAAUUUCCUGCGGGUCUUGUUCAGCUCCUGGGGGUCCUUCUGUGUGCGGAACCCAUUUGUGGUCAUACUGGGCAGUCUGCUCCUGGUGGUGGCUUUCUCUUACGGCCUGCGAUACAUGCGCAUCACCACAGACCCGGUGGAGCUGUGGUCGUCUCCCGCUAGCCAGGCUCGGCAGGAGAAGGACUACUUUGACAGCCACUUCGGGCCUUUCUUUAGAACGGCGCAGCUCAUCAUAACCACUUCAACGAAAAACAAUUUCACAUAUUCUCCAUACUUUGGUGGUUCAAAUGUUCCAUUCAAACCCAUCUUUGACAAAGAGCUCUUGCAUCAGGUUCUGGACCUUCAGCUCGCCAUCCAAAGCCUCGUAGCCACAUAUGAAGGUCAAAAUGUCACGCUGAAGGACAUCUGCGUGGCCCCGCUGGCUCCGUACAACAACAACUGCACCAUCUUGAGUAUCCUCAACUACUUCCAGAACAGCCACUCUGUGCUGGAUCACAUCGCCGGAGACGAAUUUUUCACCUACGCAGAUUUUCACAGCCACUUCCUCUACUGUGUCAGCGCACCAGCAUCUCUGAACGACACCACUCUCCUCCAUGACCCCUGCCUGGGCACCUUUGGGGGCCCCGUCUUCCCCUGGCUGGCACUCGGUGGUUAUGAUGACACAAACUACAACAACGCCACGGCUCUCGUGAUCACCUUUCCUCUCAACAACUACCUGAACGACUCCGUGCGAUUGGGCAAAGUCCUGGCAUGGGAAAAGGAAUUCAUCGGCUUCAUGAAGAACUUCUCCAACUCCAACCUGACGGUGGCUUUCAGCGCCGAGAGGAGCGUAGAAGAUGAGAUCAACAGGGAGAGCAACAGCGACAUCAACACCAUCCUGAUCAGCUACAUCAUCAUGUUUGUCUACAUCUCGCUGGCUCUGGGUCACAUCCACAGCUUCAGCAUGUUCCUGGUGGACUCUAAAAUCUCUCUGGGCAUAGCCGGCAUCCUGAUCGUCUUGAGUUCGGUGUCCUCCUCUCUGGGGAUCUUCAGCUACUUCGGCAUCCCGCUCACACUCAUCGUGAUCGAGGUCAUUCCCUUCCUUGUGCUCGCCGUUGGAGUCGACAACAUCUUCAUUAUAGUCCAAACGUUGCAGAGGGACGACCGGAUGCCAAACGAAGAGCUUCACCAGCAGAUCGGUCGCAUUCUUGGAGACGUGGCUCCCAGCAUGUUCCUCUCCUCUUUGUCGGAGACCGUGGCCUUUUUUCUCGGCGCUCUGUCCAUCAUGCCUGCAGUCAGGACCUUCUCGCUGUUUGCUGGUUUGGCCAUUUUCAUUGAUUUCCUGUUGCAGAUCAGUUGCUUCGUCAGCUUGUUGGGACUGGAUGCCAAACGGCAGGAGCGGAAUCGCCUGGACAUCUGCUGCUGUGUGAAAUUGCCAGAAAGCCAACAAAUCAAGUCUGACGGCAUCCUGUUUCGCUUUUUCAAAAAAAUAUACGCACCAGUCAUCCUCCAAGAGUGGGUCCGACCGAUCAUCGUGGCAGUGUUUGUGGGAAUGCUGUCCUUCAGCAUUGCUGCAGUCAAUAAGGUGCAAAUUGGGCUGGACCAGAAGUUAUCCAUGCCUGACGACUCCUAUGUUCUGGACUACUUCAAGAACUUAAGCGAGUAUCUUCACACUGGAGCUCCCGUGUACUUUGUGGUGGAGGACGGUCUGAAUUAUACCAGUCUGGACGGCCAGAACGUUGUGUGCGGAGGAGUGGGAUGUAACAACAACUCCCUGGUCCAACAAGUCUACACCGCCUCUCUUAUCAGCAACUACACAACCAUCGCCUACACGCCGUCCUCCUGGCUGGACGACUACUUUGACUGGAUUAAGCCGCAGUCGACCUGCUGCCGAUUUUACAACUCCACCGGAGAAUUCUGCAACGCCUCAGUGAUAAACCCGUCCUGCGUGUCUUGUCGACCCAUGACUCCUGCUGGGAAGGAGAGGCCCGUAGGAGAAGAGUUCAUGCGGUUUUUACCCAUGUUCUUGUCUGACAAUCCAAACCCCAAGUGUGGAAAAGGUGGUCAUGCAGCUUAUGCCACAGCAGUGGACCUGAAACCCAACGACGGCGGCGUGGGAGCCACGUACUUCAUGACCUACCACACCAUCCUGAAGGACUCUCCAGACUUCAUCAAUGCCCUGAAAAUGGGUCGAGUCCUGGCAGAAAACAUCAGUCAGUCCAUCAACCACAAGGCUUUUGCCUACAGCGUCUUCUACGUGUUCUACGAGCAGUACCUCACCAUCGCCUACGACACGGCGCUGAACCUCGGCGUGUCGCUGGCCGCCAUAUUCGUGGUGACCACGGUGCUGUUGGGCUUCGAGGUGUGGUCCGCUCUGAUGGUCAGCAUCACGAUCGCCAUGAUCCUGGUGAACAUGUUCGGGGUCAUGUGGCUCUGGGACAUCAGCCUCAACGCAGUGUCUCUGGUGAACUUGGUGAUGAGCUGCGGCAUCUCCGUGGAGUUCUGCAGUCACAUCGUUCGGGCCUUUUCCAUCAGCACCAAGAGGAGCAGAGUGGAGCGAGCGGAGGAGGCGCUGGCUCACAUGGGCAGCUCUGUUUUCAGUGGAAUCACAUUAACUAAAUUUGGAGGCAUCGUAGUCUUGGCAUUUUCCAAGUCGCAGAUCUUCCAGGUCUUCUACUUCAGGAUGUACUUGGCUAUCGUGCUGCUGGGGGCGGCGCACGGCCUCAUCUUCCUCCCCGUCUUACUCAGCUAUAUAGGUCCGUCGCCGAACAAAGCCAAGGUUUUAGCCACUAACAAGCGCUACGCCGGCACCGAGAGAGAACGCCUCCUCAACUACUAGCAGCUGGUUAACAGGAGAAACCAUGAACUCACUGUCUGUCUUAGAGGGACUGUGUGGGUUGCCGAAAACUCCCUUAUCAUCCUCAUCGCAACUACAAAACACCGUCUAACUCAGGAUCCGGGGAAGGGAAGUCUUUCUGCUCACUAACCAAUCUAAAGACUCUGGACCCCCCCAGCAGCCCUCCUCUUCCUCACACUACAGGACAAGCUUGACUUCAGUGCCUGAAGCCCGGGCCAUGCGGAACUGUGGGGAGUCGACGGGGAAGUGUGCGACACCCCCACCCCCCACCCCCCCACCCCCCGCCCCCAAUCCAGCAUCCGCUAUCCAAAAGUUUGUAGGAGCUUAUGGGCUUGAGAAAAGGGUAAAACUGGUCAGUUUUUAUAGAAAUAUGCUUCGAGCAUAAACAUUUGAAUUUCUAAAGCUUUCCUUUUGUUAUAACUUUGAUAUGAAGAACAGUUUGAGCGAGAUGCAGCUGCAAGCAAAGGAGCAUCACAGAGCCCUCAAACACCCCAUUUUUCCCAUUUUUUUUAUAUUCAAGAGCUGCUUAUGCUUUUCCUUUUACUAAUAGAUUUAAAAGAAACCUUUUAAAAGUUAUUCAGGAGUGUACUUGCAUCCAUGCUUUGUGGAUAUAACUCGUCGAUUCAUUCCGGAGCGUCUCGUGUUUGCAGCAGGACUGGACUGUUAGUGUGUUAGGAGUUUUGUUAAAAACCAAGUUUUCUAGUUACUGAAUUUACCCGGAGAGACGAAACUUUACAGAAGAAACCUCAGACAAAUGUGUUUAUAGUUCAAAACUGUCAAAUUAAGUUCAUAAUACUGAAGUCCUCUAAGUUAUUCUAUUUUAGACUUAAACAUUUUGUUGUUAAAUAAUUCUUUAAGCCAAAUUGGAAAAUAAAUGUGGCUCCGCCCAUAAAGCGUCUCUCAAACUGUGAUUGAUGGAAAUAAGUUUAUGUCCAUGUGGGUCUCUGACUUGAAAUCUACUCUUUACUUGUACUUUUAGGUUAAGACGUAAACUGUUUCUUUUUUGAUGCAUUCUUCAAAGAUUUAACAAACGAAGAGUUUAAACUUGAUGUAAAAAAACAAAACAAACUGUGCUUCUUGCAGUGCUGUGCAUUGACAUCAAAGAAACAUACAGAUGUGGGAAAAAACAAGAGCAAAUAUUUAGUUUUUAACAAUUUUAACGCAAUAAAAAAGAUUCAAAAAGCAAA